AGGCUUUCAGUUGUAGGAUGGAUCCGGACAGCGGGGCAGAAACCCAAAGAGCUCUGAGUUUGCAGUGGAAGAGCUACAAGCUUGUCCAAGACCCAGCUAUUCGCAGGGUCACCCAAAAAAUAUACCGAUAUGAUGGAGUGCAUUUCAGUAUACCAGACUCUGGGUUUCCUGCUGUGGGUGAACUCAGAGACCCCAGACCACGAAGAAUCUGGUCUAGAUACACAGAGCUAUCCUUGCCAGUGCCCAAGUUUAAGCUGGAUGAAUUCUAUGUGGGUCCCAUACCCCUCAAAGAGGUAACCUUUGCUCGGCUCAAUGACAACAUAAAGGAGCCCUUCUUGGCAGAGAUGUGUGCCAAGUUUGGUGAGGUGGAGGAGAUGGAGAUCCUGUUUCACCCCAAGACCAGGAAGCACUUGGGUCUGGCUCGGGUGCUCUUCACCAGUACCAGAGGAGCAAAAGACACUGUCAAGCACCUGCACAACACCUCUGUCAUGGGCAACAUCAUUCAUGCCCAACUAGAUAUCAAAGGCCAGCAAAGACAGAGGUAUUACGACCUGAUAGUAAGUGGAUCCUAUACCCCUCAGACUGUGCCCCUAGGAGGCAAGGCUUUGACUGAUCGACUUCAACCUCAGGCCCCAACACAACCUGAUACGUCGUCAGAUAUCAGACGGAGGCUCUCCAGUGACCUCAUGACUUUGGCUGCAGGGGUGCAGGCACUUACACCCGGGAGCAUUACCCCUUGCUCUGCUGACACAGGCUUUAGUGACCAGCGUCUGGAAACACCUCCUCCCUCUGUAACAGGCCCCUACACCCCAGGCUCCUCUGCCUCCUCCCAGGGUGGUGGGACACCUUACACCUCCAGGUCUGGGACCCCUUUCUCACAAGACUCUGGCUACACUGGCGGAAGACAUUCUAGCUACAAUGCUGGCCCUUUGGGCUGUGGUUACCCUCCCCAGGACAUGUUACCCUCAUCCUCUUCCUCACCUGCUGUCUCCUCCUCUGUUGGGGGCUACAAAGUCUCUCGCUAUUCUGAAGACCCACAAGAAUCCUCAGUAUACCACCGAGGACGACCUGUGUAUCCUCCUACUGCAUCUUACCGUCCCAAUGAACUGCCAUGCUUUCCGACAUACCCUAAUGCCGGGGGGCCUGGGUCACAUAUGGCACACCACUCUUCAAUGCCUCCUCCACCGCCUGCAGCCCAGUAUGAACAGCCCCUGCUGUCAGACUGGGAGAGGGACCGGGAACGUGAGAGGGACACAGGAGGGCGGUAUGGGGGAGGUAGCAUUGGCUCCAGGAGGUCGUCCUACCACCACCAGCAAGAGACCAACUCUUCCUCCAAGUACCAUUCCCAUCACUCCUCCCACCAUUCAGACCGCAGAGACGACAGGGGCUACAGGCGGGACAGCCUGGGCUCUCGCUCUGGGGACCACAGCCACCAGAGGCACCGCAACCACCACCACCACUCUCACAAUCACCAUGGCAGCAGCAGUCGCAGACGGAGCAGUCAUGACCGGGACAGGGAGCGGGACAGAGAUCGGGAUAGAGAUCGCGACAGGGACAGAGAGAGCGAGUACUCCAACAGCUCAGACCCCAGGUACAACUCCAACUCCUAUCGCUCAUCAUCUAACAGUAUGUCUCCUCCACCUUCCUCCUAUUCCACAUAUGCCUCCUCUAAGGAGCUUGUGCCGGUGGCCCCUCCUCACGAGCUGCCUGCUGCGUCUCGUCUGGGGUCCACGAGUCUCAGUGAGAGGGGUUCCUUGUCUGGGUCUGGUACAGACAAGAAUUACCACGCAGCUGACCACAGCACUCUGCCACCGCCUCCUCCCCCGCCACCACCCCCCUUGCCCCCAGCCUCUGUCAUUGCGGCAGCUGUGGCUGAGACACUUGGGGCCCUAGACUUUGGCCAAGACAGCCCAGCCAGAGAAGAGCAGUGGAGCAAGCCCAAACGACGUCCCAGCACACCACCUGCUCCACCAAAAACACCCCCACCCUCGUCCCCACCCCACUCCUCUGUCGCGUCCUCCUCCACUUCACCUUCUUCUACAUCCCUCCCUCACCACCUCCCCUCAUCAUCCAGUUCCCCGCCACAGCCCCAGCGUGACUCCUCCUCACCGGAGCCUGACUCCACCAACGAGAGCCUGCCAUUUGUCUACCACAGCAGCAGUCUUGACUCUCGUAUCGAAAUGCUCCUAAAAGAGCAGAAAGCGAAGUUCUCCUUCUUGGCAUCUGAUGAGGAAGAUGAAGAGGACAGGAAAGAGGAGAGGCAGAGGGGAGCAGGUGGGGACAGAGGAGAUCGAGCAGGAGGCUCAGGAGAUGCUGAUGGAGAGCAAAUGAGCAUUAAUCAGAGGUAUGAGGAGGGCGAUAAAGACCAGCACAGGAGGAAAAGGGAAAGGGACAGAGAUGAUCGCAGAGGAAGGAAACAAGGCAAGGGAGUAGAGGUGAGGAAGAGUCCCCCUGUCAUUGCUGCAGCCACACCAUCCUCCUCUACCUACUCUCCCCACAUUCCUGCUUCAGAGGACCCCCAGGCCCAGACCAGUCACCCCGGAAGUGGAGCUUUGAAGGAGGACACUCCACAGGCUUGCCCUGCUGACCCACGGAGCAGACCAGGGUCACACACACCACCUUACAAUGGAGAGAGUCAGUCAUCGCCCCAUUCCUCAGGUGAAGACAUGGAGAUCUCAGAUGAAGAGGAGGAGAACAGCAUUACAACAGUGACUACCCAUCAGCCCCCUACUUCUUCGGCCUCCUCCCCUUCCUCAUCCCAGGUUACACUGCCUUUGCAAACGGCAGACCCCUCCUCUUCGCCCCAACCCAUCUCUGAUUCUACGCAGCACUUUGGCCCUUCCAUGCACCCUCCCAUGCCCUCCUAUCCCCCUCACCUGCCUCCACCGCCUCCUCCAGGCUACUCCCUCCAACCUCCACCGCCACCAGGCAUCCCUCCCCUACCCCACAUGGAGCUGCACCCUGAGUAUCCCCCACCCAUGCCUCACCACAUGUAUGACUAUGCCAGCUCCAUGGAGCUGAUGAACCAAUACAGUGGUGGGGCCCCGAUGUCCUUCCAGAUGCAGACUCAGAUGCUCAGUCGUCUGCACCAACUGCGUAUGUCGUCAUCCAACGGCUCUGCUGCCCCUGGUGAAGUCCUUCCAGCAGACUACCCUUCAUCCUACCACCUCCACUCAAUGCCUCCCCACACGCACCACCCCUACAUGGACCAGGAAGGGAAUGGAGGUGGUGGUCACUAUGACCAGGAUCACCGCUACAUACCGCCCCACAUGCCCUAUGCUUACCCUGACCCCCACAGUUCCCAGAUCCCACCCCUGCCACACCAUGGCCUCCCGCCGUCCCACACUGGUUGGCCUCCACAUAUCUUGCCUCCGCACUACCCUUCCUACAUGCCCCCACCUGGCUACAGCACCAUGCCGCCUGGAGAAGGAGAUGAGUACAGGGCUCUGGGUGAAGAAAUGCCUCUCCUGGCAGAGAACCCCCACGAAGCUACAGUGCAGAUGGUCCUGUCCACGCUGAUCCAAGAGAUGAAGAACAUCAUGCAAAGGGACCUGAAUCGCAAGAUGGUGGAGAACAUUGCCUUUGCUACCUUUGAUGAGUGGUGGGAGAGGAAAGAGACCAAGGCCAAGCCUUUCCAGACAAUGGUAAGGAGUGUGUCUGCCUUGCGGGAUGAGGAGAAGAAGGAGGAAAAAGCCAGCCGCCCCCGGGAGCCUCUCAUGUCUCUGGUAGACUGGGCUAAGAGCGGGGGCAUGGAGGGCUUCUCUCUGCGAGGAGCACUGCGGCUACCUUCUUUCAAGGUCAAGAGGAAAGAACCUCAGGAGUUUGAAGAAGAAGACAUGAUGAAAAUGCCACGGCCCUCGACUCCACCAGACGAGGAUGAUGAAGGUGCAGAUAGUGGAAGACCAGAUGGAGUGAGACAUGGUGCAGAGAGGGAAACCAAGAGGAGGAAAAAGAAGCCAAGGAAUCGUAAACCUUGGGAGUUGGACAGCGAAGGAGAGGAAACCUCAGAUGGUUCUUCUUCUGAAAAGGAGGGAGAUGAAGAAAGUGAAAAAGAGUCUGAUGAUGAUGCUCUUAGUGCUGACAGUGAUGACGAGAGUCUCUCCUCAUCCUCUGAGGGCUCUUCUUCCUCUACAUCUUCAUCUUCCUCUGAGGAUGAGGAUGGGGAGAGGGCUGACAGUGAGGAGCCAGACACCAUGGACGAGUCAACCAUGGACAGCACAGCUAUUGACAUGGAGAAAGAGGAUGACAGGGGGACUGCUACAGCUGCUCUUUCAAAGGAGAACAAAACAGGGGGAACCAGGGAAAACAAGGUGGAUCCAGCGUCAGAACCCACUAGGCAACCUCCUUCACCCCCAUACCAGCGCCCGUCCUCCCCCAUAGUUCUCGUGCCACCUCUCAAGAAACGCAGGAAGACUGUCUCUUUCUCCACAGAGGAUAGUGACAUCAAAAUGCAGUUGCCCCGUGCUCCACUGUCUCCCUCUUCCUCACAAAUGGCAGCCGAAUUUCCCUUCCUCUCCCCCAGCAUGCCCCCCGAUUCCCCACUCACUCCUGGCCAAACCCCCUCAGUUCAGCCCACUCAGGGCAUUCAGCUGCUCCCUUUUGCUUCCAAACCAGGCGAAGGGAAUGCCCUCAUCGUGCCCCCGUCCAGACGUCCCCUCUGCCUCAACGAUUCCAAAAAGAGUCUUGGUCCUCCUGUGUCUCAGCAGACCACUCCUGCCAAAUCUCCUUUCAAACGAGGUGCUGGUAAGGACUCCUCCAAAUUCCCUGCCCCUCCGGUAAUGGUGUGUCGCACAGUUCAGAACCUUCCCUUGGACCAUGCUUCCUUGUGCAGGAUGGCCUUUGAGGAGGCGCCCCCUCCUCCCCCACCUCCUGCCACCAGACGGUCCAGAGGAAGGCCUCGGACAACCAGCCUGUCCACUUCCUCCCAGUCCCCCUUUUAUCACUCCCUCAGAGAGGAAGAGGAAGAUGAGGAGGAGAUAGACCAGAGGCUGAGACUCAGGGAGCAGCUGGGGGCAUCCACCCUCCUACAGCUGGCUUCUCCGCCCACCACAGAUCUCUCUGUGCUGGCUGAUGUGGCUCUAAAAAUGGACCCUGAUGCUGCAGACUCCGAGGAGACAGAGACGUCAGACGAGGCGGAGGAACAUAAAAUGGAUGAGGAUCUUUUCCUUUCUCCAGAGCCACUGGCCCUUGUCAUGAACCCAGAGGGCAUAACUGUCCUCAUGGAGCACAACUACUCCCGACCCCCUGUUCUUCUAGCCCCUGCCCCAAAGAGGACUACCUCCAGACAGGAUUCUUCUGUCCUGCUCCCAGCAGACCUCAACACCAUCUCUGGGGUGCUUGAGGCACCUGAGGAGGUCAUCGGGGAGUUGCUGCCCUCCAGAGGAGAACCUGGGGACUACUUGCCUGGAGUGGAUGUGCUAUGUGAGGCUGGCAAUGUAGCUAAGGCUACAGUUCUGCCCCCCUCCUCAAAGAGGAAAGGUGCAGCUGACCGAAGUGUUGACCUCGAAAAAGACAAGAGCAAGAAAAGGAAAAGGAAAGAUAAGGAAAACCUGGAGGCUGAGCUCACAAAAAAUGAGAAGUAUAGACCAGGCAAGAAACAGAGGAAGAAACCAGAGGAGUCCGACUUGGAGGAGGAUGUUGACGUAGAGGAGCUUGAAUCAGGGGAGUUAUCAACUUCAGACACUGAAGAAGAGGAGGUGGAGGAAGUGAGGAAGAGUGAACGGCUCUUCCUACAGGAGGCUGGGGUGACGUCCUCCCAACGCUGGCCCAAGCCGGUCCCUGCACCUGAGCCGUCUGCCAUCAAGUUUGAGCAGCGCAGCGAGUUUGAGCAGAUGACCAUCUUGUAUGACAUCUGGAAUUCUGGCCUGGACAAUGAGGACCUUAUGCUACUUAAAACUACCUAUGAGAAGCUUCUGCAGGAUGACCACAGCACUGACUGGCUCAACGACACCCACUGGGUCCACCACACGAUUACCAACUUGCCAAACCCUCGGCGUAAGAAGAAGAAUGCAGAUGGUCAACUUCGUGAGCAUGUGACAGGCUGUGCCAGGAGUGAGGGGUAUUACGCCAUCAGCCGCAAGGAAAAAGAUGUCUACCUAGACCUGGACCUGCCAGAGCAGGUCAUACAGGAAGUGGAGAAUUUUGACAGCAUGGGUACUAACCGUCUGUUGUCAGAGAGGCGCUCCGAGCAGCGCCGGCUCCUCACGGUCAUUGGCACUCCUGCUGUCAUGGACUCUGACCUGCUAAAACUCAACCAGCUGAAGUUCCGUAAAAAGAAGCUCCGCUUUGGACGCAGUAGGAUCCAUGAGUGGGGCCUGUUUGCCAUGGAGCCCAUUGCUGCUGAUGAGAUGGUGAUAGAGUAUGUGGGCCAGAACAUCAGACAGAUGGUGGCUGACAAUCGAGAGAAGCGGUAUGCCCAGCAGGGCAUAGGAAGCAGCUAUCUGUUCCGAGUGGACCACGACACUAUUAUUGAUGCCACCAAGUGUGGCAACUUGGCACGUUUUAUCAACCACUGCUGCACUCCAAAUUGCUACGCCAAGGUGAUCACCAUAGAGUCCCAGAAGAAGAUUGUCAUCUACUCAAAGCAGGCCAUUGCUGUCAAUGAAGAGAUCACAUAUGACUACAAAUUCCCCCUGGAGGACAACAAGAUCCCCUGCCUAUGUGGAACAGAGAACUGCCGCGGGACACUCAACUAGUGGUCGCAACAUUCCUCUUCCCUCACAAGUGGGAGUGUACAGUGUUCCCAGCCAGCCUCGUCCACCUCAGAACACACCCUAAAACAAAGCCACCGUAGCCCUAACACCUUUUCCCACCCGCCAUGGCUGCAUCAACUGUCCUCAACGCAUCAAGGAAAUGGAGACGCACACACUUGCACUUUUCUCGCACACUUCUUAUUCAUGAGGCAGUUUCACGGGUCAUAACUCCGGGGAACUGACUUGCCUGGAGAGGAAGUACUGUCAAGGUACACUGAUUCAGCAUUUUCUCCUUUCCACCAGUAUUAUUGGACUGACCAGGGUGAUACUUCUGACAAGUUCCAUGCAGUCAGGAAGUUUAAGACCUCUUAGUUCUUUUCUUUUUUCACCUUCCCCUGUACUAACAAGCUUUUGGAGGAAAAUGAUGGAACCAAUCAAAACCGGUAAUGUGUGCCCCCCACCCCGCUCAUAUAAUGUCCAGCCUGGAAGCCUGUGCCCACACAGAUCUGCACACAGGUGCACAGGAACAGCAAACAACAUUCAGGGUUUUUAAGGCGAUCAUUCAGGAGAGUUUUGGGUAAAUGAACUCUGAUCAAUUCGGUAUUCAGUUAUGCAAGAUUUCCAAGUAUGAUGAUUGUUUCACAGGCUUUUUUUAUUUAAUAGGGUUAUAUGUUAAUAUUACUAUUGCUGUUAUUGUUACCUAGUUACAUUAGCUGUAAGUAUCUUACAGUGAAAUUAGCUUCAGUGUACCCAACCCACUGAUGCACUAGCCCCAUUUAAUUGUAUGGUGUCUCCCUCUGCCCCCUUUACCACUUUGCAUAACUGUCCAUUUUUAAAACAACCUUGUGUUUGGUAUUGAGACCCUUUUAAACAUUUAAUUUUGGAUGAUAUCUCGUUUAAGGCUAGAUGUGUUUUGGUUUUAUGUGGCCCUUUGAGUUUUUAACACAGGAUUGGCACAAUGUGGCUAUGGCCUGUGUUUGCCAUUCUGAAUUUACUCCAGUUUGGUUCCACUUUAUGGGCUGUGUGUCACCUCCAAGAUCUUUUUUUCUUCUUCUGACGAAGGAAGCUUAGAUAUCCCUGGCCUGUGUUUUGUCUUCAAUGUUUUUGUCUUCAAUGUCUAUGUGCAUGUGUUUUUGUGCAUCUGCAUUUUCUUUUCUUUUCAGCCAGCAUAAAUCAAGUCAGGAAUCAGUUUGUGCCACCCUGUUGUCGGAACCAGAAAGCUGACUCCCCAGUCUGCCUGCAAUGCUCAAUGCAAAUUUAUGGUCAGUUUAAUAACGUCAGUCUCCAGCAGUCAGGAAAACAGUUUCUGUGAGUUUAAAGAUCCAGUUUAUUGUUAAUGAUGUUUGUAGUUCUAGUCAGUUUCCAUUCUUUCUUUUUUUUCUUCUUUUUUUUCCAUACUUCCUGCCUCUUCAAGAUGGAUUGGAAUUUAUAUUUUAUAAGCAAGUUUGGGGCAGUGUACUAUAUAUAUAUAUAUAUAUAUAUAUAUAUAUAUAUAUAUAUAUAUAUA